UGAACACCUCUGCUGGAAGGGAUGUUGAUGGUGAAGGUGGUAGAUGGUGUGACGGGAGAGGCAGGAGCAGCUAGUAGACCCAUGUGAUGGUAACCCGCACUAUCAUUACUAUUAUCACCAUCAGCUUCACUACCACCACCACCACCAUCAAUAUUUCUACAACCAGCACUAUAUCACAACCGGCAGCAUCACAACCAGCAGCAUCACAACCAGCAGCAUCACAACCAGCAGCAUCACAACCAGCAGCAUCACAACCAUGGACAUUCUCUGGACCUACGUGGUGUCGUGGGCUGACCGCAUCAUGGCACCUCCUCCACUGAGGCAGUUUGCCUCUACCUCAGCCAUGUCUUCCCGUCACGUGACGGAGGACACUCCAGCUGACCUGCUGGAGGGCACCAUGGACCUCACAGUCAUCCUUCCUGCAGGUCACAAGGUCAAUAUGUCCGUCCACAGAAGCACACCCAUGAUGGACCUGCUGAUCCAGGUGACCACAGCUCACAAGAUAAACCCUGGAGGUCACGUCAUCCACGUUGUGUCUGAUAAUCGUCCGGUCUCCUACAAGCCUUCUACACCAAUAGGGACCCUGGACACCAGCCUGAUCCAGAUCGUGGCCAAGAACAAGAUGAACGAGGAAGCUAGGAAGAGACGAGCGCAUCAUCUCACGCAAGCCAUCGAGAAGAACAUCCGCCUCAAGCCUAAGGAAUACGUCUACCGUCAACAGCUUGUGGUGAACCUGCCUCGCAACCAGCUGGCUGUGUACCGUGUACCUCCCAAGACUCUCAUCUCUGACGUGCUCACCAUGGUGUGUAAGGACAAGUGUAUCGACCUACACACUUACGAGAUCCGUCAUCCAGUGAAUGUGGACGAGAAGCUGCGUGGUUCGUGUACCCUAGCGGACUACCAACUGCAGGAGGUUAGUGUUGUGCCCCAGGAUUACCACGCCCCGCCACUCUCCGUCACAGACCUCAUCACCAUGGCUGCCAUCUCACAGCCUCAGGACACCAAGAGACGCGGCCUCCUCUCCCUUUUCUCCAGGAAGACCAAAUCCUCCCAGCGCGGCGCCAUGUUUCCUAUACGACGAAUGUGGUCCGUCCAGGAUCCUGAUGACUACCAGGGCUGCUCCUCCUGCCUGGCCUUCUCUACAGGUGACAGCAGUGUUUCAUCUGGCAGUGCUGGAGAGCGGAGUGUCAGCCCUGCCCGCUCUGAUGAGUCUGUGGAGGGUCGUCCAACACCACGGCCACUCUCCCUAGCCUCCUCCUCCGCAACACUCACCUCCUUCCAACCACAGCCUCAACUUUCACGACCAACAUCCACCAUAAACUUGGCUAGAAACAGAAAGAGACAGGCGCCAGCACCGCCUUCGGUUCCCACUCCUGAGCCCGUGCCCACAUCCACACCUUCGUCAGUACCUGUGCCCACUCCUGUGGCCACCCCUGUGCCACACACCAAUGGCAAGGAGGAGAGCAGUGAGGCUCAUGAGGGUGGUGGCACCAGCCUCUCUCGUCACAGCUCAGACUCUUCAGGAUACCAUGAAGCUGACCAGCGCUCUCCCUACACCAGUCCAGCAGGUUCAGAAAUCAGUAAUGCAGAAGGUGCAGGUGGUGCUCCAGCACCUCCACCUACUAACCUUACUUCAGUGGUUUCCACAUCAAACCUUUCCUUGUCUUCCUCCCGGGGCAAGCGCAGAGCUCCGCCACCUCCCAAGCCGCCUCCCAUACGGCAGGAUGAAUCAACUUGGCCCUCUGCUAUUCCAGAAGAGUCAGAGUCCCCAGCACCCACAAAGUCAUCCUCCCAGGAAGAUGUACCCUUGGUAAAUGGGGAAGCACACCAUGAUCCUCCCCACAAGCCUAAUAACCAACCCUCUUCUCCAACAUCCUCCCAUGUAAGCUCAGUAUCAUCACUGAGUAGUGUAGACCCACAGCAAGCAAAUAACCCUCAUCUGCUUCCCCCAGCAGACUUAGAGUCCCCUCCACCGCUGUCCUCGGCCUCAGAGCACACUAAUCUUCAUGCAACCCUCUUGAAUAGUACUCAGCCUUCUCCUGCCACUCCUUUCUCCUCCAAUAUGACACCUCCACAUUCAAGUUUCUCCAACACUACCAAACUUCUUGCACCCACUGAUGCACGUACUACUGUUGCUGCUGGAGUCGCCUUUGGAAUGCAUCAUGCGGCAGCAGCAGCAUCUAGUCUAAGCCACAGCACAGACAGCAACAAUUUGAACAGCACAGCAAGUGGCAUAGUCUCUCCUGACAGGUUAGCUGAUCCCGAGGAUUUUCAUCACCAUAGCCACCAGCAUCGCCAGAAUCAAGAUGAAGCUAAACCUCAUCUUUCUUCCCAAGAACUUUUACCUACAUCUUCUGUGAUUAGUGAGAAAAUGCAGAAGCUGUGUGCAGACAAUAUUCAAGAAAGCAAUAAUUUGAUUACGAAAAUUAGCGGUCAAGAAAAUCAUCUUAGAUUUCCUGGUGAUGGUGUUAGUGCCAAAAAUAAUUUUAUUAAUAUUGAUGCUGUAGUGCCACAGAAUAUUGGUGUGGAGAAUAUACCAGAUAUUCCAACAUUCAGAAUUGUUACAAAGUCACAUUCAACUGUUCAGAAUGAGGAUUUCAGCAAAAAAUUUAUAGCAGAUGGCAAAACUCAGAAAAUUAGUGAAGAAGAAAAAUUUGGUUUAAAGAAUAAGUCUCCUAAACAUAUACUUAUGAAUCCCCUAGCAAGAAAUAAGAGGCUUGUAAGACAAAAUGAUGUAGUACUUGAUGAUGAUAUGGACUUCAAUGAAGAUAUAUUUGAACCCAGGGAUGUCUUGGCAAUCUCAUCGAGUUCAGUCCAUCAGAGUGCUGAGGGUAGCCCAGCACUAGACCAUAAUAAACCAGGAUUAUCAUUAUCUGGCAGUCAGCCUAAGUCUUCAACACCACUGAAAAUGGAUGCCCCAUUACCAGCACAAAGAAAUAUUGUUUCAGAGCAACCAUCUCGUUCGUUAUUGGCAAAUAAAUUCACCAACAGUAACACAGAUCAGAAUACAACAGUGACAAUACAAGAAACUGUAAAUGAUGAAAAUCAUGGCAUGAGGAACUUGCAUCUCUCAUUUCAGGAUACUAUUUUUAAUCCACCUACAAUAGAAGUUCAACCAAAACCACUACCCCGAACUCAAAUACUACAGAAGAAAAUGGCACCUCCCCCACCUGUGAUUAUGGAAAUUACACAGGCUUCAACUUCUGUAAGAGAAACAUCUCAUAAAGAAGAAAUACAAGCAUUGCCAGAUUUGUUUUUAAGCUCUGAUUUAGAAACUAAAUGCAAGGAUAGUAUUUCUGAGUUUUCUCAUAUUCUGGAAGCUGAAGAAUAUGAAAGAAUUGUCCAAGAACCUAUGGAUGAGGCAUUUACAGUCCAUGUGUCAGAAUUAUCAAAAGUAGAUUUUGAUAUGCUGUCCUUGUUGUCUGAAAAGGAGAUUGAUGGUGUUUCCGUUUCUUCACAGUGUCACUCAAAAAAAUCCAGUAUUAUAUCUAAUGCAAGUGAUUUAUCUCCAGAAAAUAAGGAUACUCCAAUUAUUCCAAUUCAAAAUGAUGGAAUUUUAAAAUCUACACAUUCACCCUCCACAAGCUCUUCGUACAUCUCUAAUAAAGCAUCUUCCUUUGUUCCUCCCAUUGCUGCUUUUCCUGCACAAACAACAGCAAGCAGUUAUCGAGCUGGCUACUUGGCCAUGAUGCUAGAACACACAAGCUGGGAAGACUCAGAGUCUCAUCACAAUGAUGGGUUGGAAUCUUCUGAUUCUGAUUGUAGUAUCCCACGGGGGUCACUUCAAGAGGCUCCAAAGGUAAUGGAAUCUCUUCAGGAAACUUCUGAGGGUACUGCUCAGAUUUCUCAAGUCUCCUGUGAAGGGGUGCUUCAUGGAUCUUCUUUGCGACCUCGACCUGUCUCCAGCUCUUCUCUGUGCUCAGAUACAGAUCAUGAGGUGCAAACUCGUACUGCUAGCUUUUCCUCUGAGACAAGUGAGGAGAAUGUUGUCAGUAGUCGAGUGCAAGCAAACAACACUCCUGUUGAAGAUACCUUGCCUGGUGAAGAACGUCCCAUAGACAUUCACAAGAAAAGUGAAGUGGAAAAUACAAAUCAAAACAUUUUAAAAGAAGCUGUGAUUAAUAAUGAACAGGAUAAUGUCAGUAAUAACCAGAGUACUAGUAACAGAAGAAAAACUGAUAGCAUAAGUAGUAGAGAGGACAAUUGUGAGAGCAGUGUUCAGCACAAGAAUUCAGUUUCCACUAAAGAAUUCCAGCUUACUAAUGAAUUAAAUGAUCAUUCACUCAGGAAAGAAGUUAUGUCCUCUAAACCCCAAGAACAAUCUAUUUCAGACAAAAUAAUUACAGAUGCAAGUUCACACUUGGUCUCCUCAUUGUCCGUCACUGACUCUGAUGGAGAUGACAGGGAAAUGACAGCACAAUGGCUCACAGGAGAAAAUCAGAAGCCUGAGGAAGUAACAUCAGAGUUAUAUGACUUGCCACUGUCUACUAUCAGAACCCCAGUAGUUGGAGCCACCCCAGAGAGUAAUGAUGUCACGCCUAACUUUACUAAUGACAAGAUAACCAGUAAGAAAACAGAACGUCAUCUUGCUUCCUUUGUAGAGAUGAAGGAUGAUGACAAAUCUGAGCUGUCUUCAGAAGCACCUUCAGUACAGUCAGCAAUGAAAAACACAAAUGAUCUGUCUCAUUCCAGCUCACCUAACCUCUGGGAUUACAGUCUUCCAGAUCCUCCCACUCCUUUUAAAGAUGGUCCCUCAUCUAGGGAUGCUGAUGAUUCUUCAAGUCUGCAUUCAGAGACUUUGCCAGAGAUCCUCUCUGAUGUGCCAUCUGGGUUUAAGGACUCUUCAUGUAGCUCGCUUUCUGAUUCCGGAAUUGUAAAUACUCUAGAAAGAGUAGACUGUGCAAAGCAGAUGGUGUUAAAGGUGACUGAUGAUUUAGUGAUUAAUGCUCACAGUAGGAAAAGUUCGUCUAGUCUUUCCUCCACAUUACACAAGUCGGAUGAGAAUGUAAAGCAAAAUAUGAUAAAUGAAUUAAAAUCAGCCAUAAAAGAAACUAAUAAUAAUGAACCAAGAAUUGUAGAGCUAAAACCAAAGGUUAAGGGCAUGGAGACAAUCUUACAAAUGCAUAAGCAACCAAACAAAGAAACGGCAUGCACAACUAAGUCGCAAGUACGAAAUAUUGAGACAAAUGCAGAGAUGCUUCCAGUCAGAGCUGCUAUUCCAGUUCAGCAUGCAACUGUUCCACAAACUUUUGUGAAGGUUGCUGCUGAUAGUAAAAAAUCACAAGUUUUAAGUAACUUAAGCCAGAUAAAUAAAUUAUCUAAAGAUUCUGUUUCUAGCUCCGAAAGUUACUGCAACAGCCCAGAGGCAGGUGUUGCUUCUCCACACUCCAGAUCAAGUUCAUGUAGCAGCUAUGAUAAUGCUCCUCCACUAUUACCAGAAGCACAGGUACCAUCUGAUUUGGAUCUUGAGGCACGAACAUCAUCAGAUGUAAGUGACAGAAAAACUAGGAACAUUCAGAAUAGUUUGGCUCGCCACAACUCAGACAGCACUAAUGAGGCGGGUAAAAGUCGAACACGGGCUAUGAAUUUUUCAAUUUCCACUUACACUUCCAGGUCAGAAGAAACUAGUUAUGACAAGAAGAUUACCAAGUCUGAUUCAUUUAGCCACAAGAUGAAACCUAAGGUGGGUCAGUUUUCAACACUGCCUAGCUCGGAUCAGUUGAUAGAAGAAGUAAAUGAAGAAACUGUCAAGAACGAAACAAUUAUUCCUCCUGUGACCUCUAGUGACUUGGAGAAGCCAUCACUGCCACCAAAACUGCACUUGCGUGAAAUUUCCUCAGCCCCUGUGAAACAUUUCCCUUUCCUUAUAAAGUCUGUGCAGCCUACCAAACCUGCUUUACCUCUAAAUAAGCCCAUGCUCUUUGGAAUGCAUUCAGAAACCAAUCUCAACAUAAAUCAGCCAGUAUCUCGUGUUAAUAGUUUGAUUGAUAGACCUGCCAUAUAUCGUAACAACAGUGACAGUCGUUUUGCUGCUCCCAAUCCUCCUCGUCCACUACGCAGGCUUAAGCAAACUGAUAGUCGGGAGCAGCUUGAGCGCACGACCUCUCUCGUCAACCUUGCCACCCCUGACUAUGAACUCAGGAAGGCUCAAUCAUCUAAUGACAUUUCUUAUGGAAGCAGUGGCAAUGAUAGUGGAAGUGGAAAUGGGAUGUCUGGAAUGUCAGGCAUGCCAGGAAUGUUUGGCAUGCAGAGCAUGGGAAGCGAUAACAUGUUGCCCCAUGAUGUGCGACUGGCAGAAGAAUUUAUGAAGCUCCAACAGGAUUUCUUCAAGUGGCAACAGCAACUUCUGCAAAACCAACAUGUGCUUCAUAGUAGAGUGGCUCCCCUUGCUUCCAACCCUCCACAGCUACAGAGUGUUGGGGUUUUGCGCGACAUAAUGUCUCAGUCACCAUCUACUAAUGUAGGUCCUGAACUUGUCGAGGCACGUAAUCCUUCUGUAGAAAGAAAAGGCCCAGUUGAGAGAGUUAUUAAUAUACAGUUUGAAGAUGGCCCAAGAGAGACAGAUGAUUCUCAGGUACGCACAAAUUCUAUACCUAGUCUGAACCAAAAUAUUACCACAAGCAUGAGCCAGCUCUCUACCAGUGACUUUGGAAGGCCCAGCAAUGCUCAGCCAAGGAGGUGGGGGGAGGAGCCAAGUGUAAGUGUUGGGGCAUGGAUGGAACGACCACCUCAGUCUGUGGGAGUGUACCAAGAUCGUGACUAUGUUACAUCUGCUCCACGUUCACAGUCUACUCAGGACCUCUCCUCUCAUCCUGUAUUAGAGGAGUGCCAAAGAACUCCUUCACGCACCACUUUUGUAGGUCCUAGAGGUUAUUCUCGUCCAGCAGACACUGUGAAGCCCGAGACUAGGCCUUACCAGAGGGUUCCGCAGCAGCAGCAGGCUCAGGUUACUCAACCACUAGAGUAUCAGUUUCUCUCGCCUGAUCAGCAACAGCAGUUUGCUCAAUUUGUACAGCAGCAGCAACCGGAGCAACAUCAGCAACAAACACUACUGCAGCAGCAGCCACUACAACAACCAAAGCAGCAGUGGCAACCACAGCAGCAACAACCACCAAAGCCUCAGUUUGUACCUCAGCCAGAUAAGACAGCCUUUUGGCGAGAACUGGAAGGAAAGAGUCAAAAUAUAGGUAUGCAGAACAACCAGGAAGUGUCUGAACCCACCCGGCCUCCUCGACGAAACUCUCGUCAAGAUUCUCCUCCACAGGAUCAUGAGAUGGUUAAACCUUUAACAUACUUUGGUCAAAAGGCAGUUGUCCAUGAACCUCCACCAGCAUACUAUUAUAAUGGAAAUGACAACUCUGUUCAACCAAAGAUUGCUAACAGUGUCUCAGUAAUAAGACCAAAGGAAGCAGACACUGAAGUAGGAGGACCACGCUAUACUUCUGUAGUAACUCUCUCCUCAGAUAAAAGUGAGCAACCUAGUGGAGCCCCACCACCAAAAGACAAAGUGAGAUCAGUAGUUCAGCUAAACAGUAGUGACCAGAAAGUGCCACCCCGAACAGCUCCAGUAGUGCGAGGGUUCAGACAACUAGGAGAGGAACCACCCAGUCAAGGAGGCACAACUCACAGCAGAAUUAUAUCAAGUGCUUUAAAGAAUUCACAACCUUCACAACAACAGUCCCGUUCGUCUCUCUCUCCACCUGCAGUGAAUGGCUCUGUGUCAACUCUCAUGUCAGCCCAGGUACCAGAGGCACCAACAGCUGCAAGGCUUGUUGCUGCUGUAUCACAGCCUACUUCAAAAGCUCCUACAUCAUGUACUGCUACUGCCCGUAUCUCUCCACCUCGUACAUCACCUUCUCGCAUUUCAUCCCCACGUACAUCGCCUGCUCGCAUUUCACCUGCACGCACUCCACCUUCUCGUAUCAGUCCGCCUUCUGGACCGGCUUUUCCAAAUGUGCAGCUUCGACCUGUGCCAGCUGGGUUGAGAGCUUCAUCACCCCUCGAAGCCCCUGCUUCAUUCUCAUCACAAGUCCCGCCUGCUCUAGUACCAGGAAAUAAAACUAGCAGUGUGCCACCACCACAACCUCCAGUACCCCCAAUGGCACCACCACCACCUCCAGCACCUAUGGCACCAUCACUGCCUACGGCACCAUCACCACCUAUGGCACCACCCCCACCUUCAGCACCUAUGGCACCACCACCACCACCUAUGGCACCACCACCACCUCCAGUACCCAAAGCAAUGGAUGGUGAAAGGCGAACUGCUUCUGGAAAGCGUAUUGUGUCAUCAAAGACUGGGCCCGAGUUGGAUGCUCGAGAAGAACUUAUGAUGGCUAUCAAGAAUCAUGGUGGUAUAAAAGGACUACGGAGGACACAUACCUAAAUGUUUUCAUAAUUGAUAUUGAUUAUCUUGGACAGUUUAUUAGGACAGUCAGUUUAAAUUUUGUAACAGUCAGAUAUAAGUAAAGCAGAAUGAACUUAAUAUAACAACAGAACUGUUACUUCUCAAUGCAAAAGAAAUAGUGUUCUUGGGUAUUUUGAGCACUUAGUUUUGCUUUACUUAUGCAGUGUAGUAUAUUGGUAUUUAGUGAUUUCAAAUAAGCUGUAUGACCCCUUUUGGGUUUAGCUUGAUUAUACAGUUAAUUUAAAAGGCAAUUUUUGCCUUUUGGAAUGGACUUCUGGUAUAUUCUCCAUAUUGGACUUUGUAACUAUGCAUUCUGUAGUUGCAGUAGUGCCUUACUCCA